AUGGGAACCACGAGAGAGACGGAUGAGAGCGGACCGGCCUACUGGUCCUCCACCCCAGGCCAAAAGCCUGUUAAAUCCAUGAAACCCCAUAAUUCCAAUCCUGUUUAUCGUAUACCUGACCCUCCCCGCAAUGGCAGGCUUACAUCUUCCACACCAUCGCUUACAUUGUCGACAUGGCGCUUUGGCGAUGCAGAAAUGAAGAGAAAGAAGCGAAUUUCCUCGUACAAGGCCUACGCCAUUGAAGGCAAAGUGAAAGCUUCUCUCCGUAGCAGCUUUCGUUGGGUCAAGAACAAGUACUCGUCCAUCGUGCAUGGCUGCAAUUAG